AUGCCCCAUUACUUCCCAAACACUAUAAACCAUCACUUUCUGACAGUAUUCCUGCUCCUUUCUACCCAUCAUCUCUUCUACUACCUUAACUUGAAUUUCAUUAUUUCUUUCAUUUCUUUCAUUUCUUCACCAGUUCCACUCUCUUAUUUUUAUCAACUUUACCUCUUGUAUUUUUUGGUCCAUACAUCAACUUCGCUCAUUAUCCCACUCUUCAUCUUGCCCCAUCAAUGCCAUCUACCCCUCUUGAUAAACUUCGCACAUUCUCCGCUACAAAAUUCCUUCCGCACCUGCACUCUUUCCUACCCCUUGUGGUUUUUCCUCAGUUUAUCCAUACAAAUGCCCAAAUUGAUACUUCAACGCUCCCACCAAAUUACACAAAACCUUUCUCACUGCAAACUUCAUCGAUAA